CGUGGCCGGCGAGGCCGGCGCUGCUGCCCGCGGGCGCUGAGUGGGCGGGCAGGGAGCAGCAGCGGCGGCGGCCAUGGGCGAGACCGAGAGGCUUUAUUAUGUGUACAGCUGCGACCUGGACAUCAACGUGCAGCUGAAGAUAGGAAGUCUGGAAGGAAAAAGAGAACAGAAAAGCUACAAAGCUCUCUUAGAAGAUCCGAUGCUGAAGUUCUCGGGACUGUACCAAGAGACUUGCUCUGACCUGUAUGUAACUUGUCAGGUGUUUGCAGAGGGGAAGCCGCUUGCUCUUCCAGUUAGAACUUCCUACAAGGCUUUUAGCACUAGAUGGAACUGGAACGAAUGGCUGAAGCUACCUGUGAAGUAUCCAGACUUGCCUCGAAAUGCUCAGGUGGCUCUGACCAUCUGGGAUGUGUAUGGACCUGGUAAAGCUGUUCCUGUGGGAGGAACAACGGUCUCGCUCUUUGGAAAAUAUGGUAUGUUUCGACAAGGAAUGCAUGACUUGAAAGUCUGGCCCAAUGUAGAAGCUGAUGGCUCUGAGCCCACCAAAACUCCUGGGAGAACCAGCAGUACAGUCUCUGAAGAUCAAAUGAGCCGCUUGGCAAAGCUCACCAAGUCUCAUCGACAAGGUCACAUGGUGAAAGUGGAUUGGCUGGACAGACUCACCUUUAGAGAAAUAGAAAUGAUCAAUGAGAGGGAAAAACGAAGCUCCAAUUUUAUGUACCUGAUGAUUGAAUUCCGUUGUGUCAAGUGCGAUGAUAAAGAAUAUGGAAUAGUUUACUACGAAAAGGAUGGUGAUGAGUCAUCUCCAAUUUUAACAAGUCCUGAAAUUGUUAAGAUUCCAGAUCCCAGAUUGGGACUGGAGAACUUAGUAGAAAGCAAACAUCACAAACUUGCUCGAAGUUUAAGAAGUGGACCUUCUGAUCAUGACCUGAAGCCUAAUGCAACUACACGAGACCAGCUUAAUAUCAUAGUGAGCUAUCCACCAACAAAGCAACUAACGUAUGAGGAACAGGAUUUGGUGUGGAAAUUCAGAUAUUACCUUACUCAUCAGGAGAAGGCCUUGACAAAGUUCCUGAAGUGUGUCAACUGGGAUCUACCACAAGAGGCCAAGCAAGCACUGGAGCUGCUGGGCAAGUGGAAGCCCAUGGAUGUGGAAGACUCUCUGGAGCUUCUGUCAUCUCACUUCACCAACCCCACGGUGCGGCGCUAUGCUGUCGCCAGGCUUCAGCAGGCUGAUGAUGAGGAUUUGCUGAUGUACCUGCUACAGUUAGUCCAGGCAUUGAAAUACGAAAAUUUUGAUGACAUAAAGAAUGGCCUGGAGCCUAGCAAGAGGGACAGUCAAGGUUCCAUGUCAGAAACCAUGACAACAUCUGCAUCUAAUGCUUCAGAAGUAGACAGUUCCCAGAUUAUGAGUCCUAUUCCACCUGUUUCCUCUCCACCUCUUACUUCUAAAACAAAAGAGCUUGCAGAAAAUGAAAACCUUGAUCAAGACCUUUGCACUUUCUUGAUAUCACGGGCAUGCAAAAAUUCCACGUUGGCAAACUACUUGUACUGGUAUGUAAUAGUGGAGUGUGAAGACCAAGAUACUCAGCAGAGGGACCCAAAGACUCACGAAAUGUACCUAAAUGUGAUGAGAAGAUUCAGUCAGGCUUUGCUGAAGGGUGAUAAGUCUGUCAGAGUUAUGCGCUCACUUUUGGCAGCCCAGCAGACAUUUGUAGAUCGGCUGGUUCAUGUAAUGAAGGCAGUGCAGCGUGAAAGUGGGAAUCGUAAGAAAAAGAAUGAGAGGCUUCAGGCAUUGUUAGCUGAUAAUGAAAAGAUGAAUUUAGCAGAUAUGGAACUUAUUCCACUUCCUCUGGAACCUCAGGUGAAAAUUAAAGGAAUAAUCCCUGAAAAAGCCACACUCUUCAAGAGUGCCUUAAUGCCUGCUCAAUUAUUCUUCAAGACAGAAGAUGGAGGCAAAUAUCCUGUAAUUUUUAAGCAUGGUGAUGAUUUACGUCAAGACCAACUUAUUCUUCAGAUUAUUUCACUCAUGGAUAAGCUGCUAAGAAAAGAGAACCUGGAUUUGAAGCUGACACCCUAUAAAGUGCUGGCAACUAGUACGAAACAUGGCUUCAUGCAGUUUAUUCCAUCAGUACCAGUUGCAGAAGUUCUUGCUACUGAGGAAACUAUACAGAACUUCUUCAGAAAACAUGCCCCUAGUGAGACUGGCCCUUAUGGAAUCAGCGCAGAGGUGAUGGACACGUAUGUUAAGAGCUGUGCUGGUUAUUGUGUGAUUACUUACAUCCUUGGAGUUGGAGAUAGACAUCUGGAUAAUCUGUUGCUAACAAAAACAGGUAAACUGUUUCACAUUGACUUUGGUUAUAUUUUGGGCCGGGACCCCAAGCCCCUUCCUCCCCCAAUGAAGCUGAACAAAGAGAUGGUGGAAGGCAUGGGAGGCACCCAGAGUGAGCAGUACCAGGAGUUCCGUAAGCAGUGCUACACAGCCUUUCUCCACCUCCGCAGGUAUUCCAACUUGAUCUUGAAUUUAUUUUCCCUCAUGGUGGAUGCCAACAUUCCAGAUAUUGCUCUUGAACCUGACAAGACUGUGAAAAAGGUGCAGGACAAGUUUCGUUUGGACCUGUCUGAUGAAGAAGCUGUCCAUUAUAUGCAGAGUCUAAUUGAUGAGAGUGUCCAUGCCCUCUUUGCAGCUGUCGUGGAGCAGAUACACAAGUUUGCACAGUAUUGGAGAAAAUAAGCUUUUUGCCUGCUCGUGGUGGAACCAAGCAAAUGCUCAAAACAGAGACUUUCUCAAGCCCUUGUGGACUUAAGCAAACAGUUUUGGAAAGUAAAAGCUGCAGAUUUAAUGGUGUGAAGAACUGAGAACUCAGAAGGUAGAGAAGCUUUUUGAAUCUCUGUUCAUUAAAGGUUUUAAACCAACCAUUUUUUAAAGGAAGAUGAUUGUUUGUACCAUCCUUGGGAGCCUCAAAGGUUGAAGUAAGCAACUUCCUCUCAAGCCAAAGAUAACUGGAAGAGGUUGGAUUUAAUGAUGAAUUCUUGUAUGUGUUAAUAUAUUUUCUUAUUUAAAAAUAGAAGUAGAGACAAAGCUAAAGCAGGGAGGCUACAAUUUCUUGGUGCAGAAAAACCCCUCACAAAGCUAUGGUAAUCCUCUCUCGUCCCAUCCCCCCCCCCCAUCCACUUGGUUCCUUGAAUAAGUUUUAAAUGUAAUUCAUAUGAUCCUUUAUUUCCUCCUUUAGGCAAUGUUACAUUUAGAAUGGACAGUCAUUUUUUGCCUGCUUACAAAAGUGUUUUUAAGUGCUGAUAAGUUACUCCAGCUGUAGGCAGCCAAUUAAAUGAUUGCUAACAGGCUUGGCAAUGGGAAUGCACAGUGAGCAUUUCAGUAUUUCAUGCUUUAACUUUAAAUGUUUUCUAUACAGUGAUUAUAUAUUCUUCACUCUAAUAAAAGCCUUUGUUGUUGCA